CACACAUGUAUGCUCGCAAGCGCAGCACGGUACGCAAAGUGGUGUAGAGCGAGCGAGCAUGAUUCCAGCGCGUUAAUGCAGGAACGGUUGCGUGAGGGAGAGCCACACAGAAAGCACACACGCAAUUCGGAACUUCCCUGACAGGCUACGGAAAGGGCAGAGCGCACGCGGGCACACACAAGAGACUUGAGAGAAAGUUUGUGUUGAAUUUACCGUGAAACGAGUAAGUACGUCGUCCGGGUAAAGGUGUGCGUUGUAGCCGCGUGCUUGCAUGUGUGUGUCGUGCGUGCCUCCGUGUGGCGUAGUGUGGACAAUUGGUGCACCUCGUUUUUUUUUAUCCGCUGCUAAAACGGAUGUACGUUUCCCCCCAACGAACGGAAAGUGUCAGUGCGUGAAACGAGCGGAUGGCGUGCUGCAGUCGUGCAGCUUCCAGCAAGAGUUUAGUCACCGUACACGCACGCUAGAAAUUGUGCCCAGGUGCACCAAUCGUGUGUGCGUGUGUGUAUCGGUGGAUAUAGAGUGCAGUUCAGCGCCCCGCAAAAAAAAGCGCUUUUGUGCGAGAGAAAAGAAAAAGGUGACGAUGCAGCGGGGGUGGGCAAAAUAGUGGUGAAGAACAACAGAAAGAAGAACGUGUGCGGCUAUCCCAACACACAUCGUCAAUCUAUCAACCAAAGGCCAUAAUUAACCGAAAAUGAGCAACCGAACGAUCAAUUGGACAAAAUCAGCCUGCCCGUCGUAGUCACACAUUACCAAAAACCGCGACACAAACACAACCACACACACGCGCGGCACACAUACAGUAACGGGUGGCACCCAUCCCAAUCAUCGCUGCUGGCUCUCUCGCCAACUGUCAACGCCGAAAAAGGUGUACGUUGAAACUGUCGUACGUUUUGCUUUCGUGCAGGAAGCUGGUGAGGUUAGGAGUGCUGCCGUUCGGUGCUGCAGGCACUACAGGGUUCCCAAAAAACGGUCCGAACCGAUUGGGUGUGGGAAGAACCGUAUGCACAGCCUCUCGCUUCCCUUCCUCCGAACCCCCAUCCGGUAGCAUCCUUCGGCACCGGAAUCCGUGUCCGUACACCGUGAACCGAUUUCGUGACCGGGCGUGCGUGAAUCAGUACGUAGCACGGUGAGGCGACCGUCGGUAAAAAGGUGUAGGAGCGAAAGAGAACAACCCACCGUUCGGAAAUUAAAUAAAAUAAAACGGCGGGCCCCACCUUCCCCUCCCGCAAUACACGGGUGUCCGCCAAGUGUUAGAUCCGGUUCCGGUUGGUAGACAGGAAGCAGUUUCCCCCCGCUGCAGCAAUUGUAUCGUGCAUCAUCACCCUUGGCCCAGCUCUAUCAAACGCACUAAAUUCAAUCAUCCUUUUUCUUCGCUUCAACUCAAUCAGCCGGGCGCGUAUUUUUUUUUUGCCUGGUCUCUCCCGGUGCUGCGAGAGAGGGAGUGGCAGCUGAAGUGGACAGCAAAAAAAAAAACCGCAAGUACCGUAUGAAAACAACACGGGGUCCAGCAGCACAGCGCCAGGCAACAGCAGCAGCAGCCGCCUGCCAACAAAGGCCAACAACGCGUGUAGCAUCAUCGCGUACAGCGCAGAAACCGAACCGCAACACUUGGAAAGAAAUUCCCAAAAAGGUCGAAGCUGCAAAACGCUGCACUUGUAGUGUUGCUGGGUUUCUAUUGCGCGUACGGGGUGUGUGUGUGUAUCUUUUUUUUUCUUUCUUCUUUGAGUUGAGCCCCCAAAACUCGAUCGUGCUGUCACUGGGCGGUGUGUGUCUAGUUGCCCAUCUGUACCGUGUUGGCUAGCUGCUGGAACAACCGCAUAUAGAAGCACACACACACACACGUACACAUCUACACCCACACGGCUGAGAAAACACGUCAGUACGUCUUGGACGGGAAUUGUGAUGUUUGAACAAUUUCAAUUGCACUGGAAUUCGGCAGUGUAACGCUGGAAGCGAUAAAACGGUCCGGCCGAUACUUGGGAGACGGGUUUUGCGGCAAAGGGGAACCAAACAUCUGACAAAACAUUGCGUUGUUUUGAACGCUGCCGGAAGCGACUCGGUUCCAUCUAUCGGUGGAAGCAAGAAGGCGACGACCCUAUCUAAGAACAGGGGUACCACCCGGAUACGGAUGACCGUAUCCCCCGGGCGGCCAUUAUGGCUGAGGAAGUGACGGCCGUGCUGCGGAUGAGCAAAGAUGGUACCACGUUCGGUUUUCAGCUCCGGCAAAUAGAUAUCGGCGAGCAUGUCAUAUACAAGAUCAUCGACAACACGCCCGCUGACAUGUGUGCAAAGGUGGAGAUAGGUGAUAUCGUAUUGAAAAUCAACGGCGUAGACGUUACUGGAUUGGCUACCAAAGAUGUGGUAAAAUGUGUACGGGUUUCACCGAACCCUAUGACGCUGCAGCUCCGAAAAGAUCCGCACGUAAAGCGUACCGUGUAUGAUAUGAUCAAAUCUACUUCACCCGAACGGGUACUGCAUCAUCAGCAGCACCAGCUACAGUCACCAUUGUCCCAGGUGCCGGAAGAGUAUACGGUAGAGUUGCGGCGCAAGAAGGAUGAUACGCGGCUCGGGUUUGUGGUGCGAGCUACCGAUGUUCUCGAUCAUGUGAUUGUAGAGAUACGGCAAGAUUCACCCGCCGCUCUCUGUGGAAAGGUGGAAGUCGGUGACGUUUUUCUCAAAAUUAACGAAACGGAUGCGCAACAGUAUUCCCCACGGGAUGUGCUGAAAUGUUUGGGUAAUGCUACCGAACCCAUAACAUUGCGUUUGAAACGAGAUCCUUGGAUUAAAAAAUAUCUACGCGAACAGUACCAGCACGAACAGUUGGUAAUGAGUGACGAUUCGAUUGAAUCCUGCAAGGUAAGUAGUGACAAUACGAACGGUUCACCAUCGCAGCCUGUAUCGCGCCUAGCACAACCGAAACGUUCCAAGUUGCUGUCGCUCGACUCGGUACUGAACUUCAACUCACCCAAUACACAGGCAGGCGGACGGACACCGGGGAAUGGCAAUCCGCACGCUGUGCGCGAGUGCCUAUCGGAAUCUGCCUGCCGUCCGUCCCGUAUACCGCAGGCCAUUGCACAAAAUAACUGGAGUGCACCACAGUCACCGUCGCGUGGCAGGAAACCGCCCCGACCGUCACAGAUACCGACGGCAAGGCCCGACCUGCUUGUCACCCGCUUCGUUAUGACCGGCGAGUCUCAGUUCGAGACGCGCUACAACGUACCGGAGGUGCAAACACGUAAGCGAAUGAAAGCACCGUUGGUUAACUACGAUACGCUCUCGUCAUCGACCAGCCGCUCGGAAGACAAUAGUAACAGCAGCAGCUGCCUGAUGGAAGACAACGCAAACAACGAUCAAACGCAACCACCUUCGCCGGCUUCCCCGCUCUCGCCCACGGAUGGGCCGGCAAGCGACAAUAAUGUAAUGGGCAACGGUGAUGGUGGUCCAGCAAGUAAAAAGAAAGUGCCCGGUAGCGGCGCUGACAACCACGGUUCGAACGGUAACAACAAUCUGCCGGCGAGCGGUACGUACGGCACGAACGGCGAACCGGCCAACAAGGCGAACCGUAGCAAUAAGGAGGAUGGUAGCGAACGUGACGGUAGGCUAGUGGACGCCGCGGCGAGUGGUGGUAACAGUGGAAACCAAAACGCAUACAGCAACGCGAAGACAGUCACCAAUCAUAGUGAUGCUGGUGGUCGGGAUGGUGGUAGCGGCGUUGCCUGGCCGAAAGACUGUGAUAGUGCGACGGGUGUCCCUAGCGAUGGUAUGCCGCUGCUAGCGAACAGUGAACCAACCAGGCAGCAGCAAAUGCAGCGCCAUAAUGUAGGAUCGCGAACGAAGGGCGAUCCGAGCGAGGUUAGCUACUCGGUGCCAACAUCCCCUACGACGUACGGUCUCGGUAGUGGUAGUGGCGGUAGCGGUGUUGGCGGUGAACAUUUACUAGCCGCUGGUAAUGCCGGCCAUGAUCAGCAACAUCGCAACAACAACGAGAUGAGCAUCAACUCGAUGCCUACCAGCCCGGAGUAUGGUGGUGCCGGUGGCCAUCACCAUCACCAAAUGUUCCGGUACGGUACUGGUACGAUGCCGGAACACACAACGAUUGGUGGUGGCGUGGGUGGUGAUACGAGUAGCGGCGAGCUAACGGCUAACACGAACAUGAGCUCCGGUUCCGGGCCGAAUGGUGGUAUGAUACGGAAAUGUGAUGCCGCUGGUUUCCGUACAAGCCGUUCGGAGGAUCAUUUGCAGCAGACGCAACGGGACGGUGGUAUUGGGGCUGUCGUAUCGAUUGACAUCGACGAGGAUGUGAACAGUUCACUGAACACACUGCUCGACACACGUCACGAUUCGCAAGACUAUGCGAUACCGGAACGAGAGCGGUUUCUAUGGUCGUACAAUGCGCAAGCUGCUCCUAAAACCACCGGCAGUACUGAUGGCGACCAUGUUGGCAACAAUACCGCCGAACCCGGUGCCAACGUGGUUUCGCCACAAUCCUUCUCCAGCUCGGUUAGCUCCUCACCGCAGCGUUCCGCGAGCGAUAGUCCUGCUUCACCUACCUCCGUUUCGAGCUCAGUCAUGUCUUCCUCUGGCGGGUCCCGUGAACACUCGCAUGCUGGUGGUGCCGGUACGGCCAGUUCCUCGAUCGCUAACAAUCCGAGCGGACACGGUGCACCGGGCAGCGGUAGCCAAUAUCAGCAGCAACAUUCGCAGCAACAGCAGCAGCAGCAGCAGUCGCAUCACCAUCACCAUCACCAGCAGCAGCAGCAUCAUCAUAACCAUCAACCGUUGCAACAGCAGCAUUCGUCCGGCGGACAGCAUCCACCAAGUCAGUCUGGUUACGGUGGUGGUCGCGACCAUAGCGUGUCGGAGGCGGUAUCAAACAUCUCCAGCCCAGACUAUCAGGACGAGCACGAUUUGCUCAGCACGAAAGAUUUGAUGGCAAUGGCGAUCAGCGAUCCGAGCGAUUCAGAUUCAACCAUUCUAAUUUCGGAAAAUACGCACCGGUGCGAUUUGCCGAUGAGUCACACCGAGCGUGACCACAAGCUCGUCAUCCAGGUGAAAUCGGGCGAAGGCGCCGGUGCACAGGAGCUGGAGGAAGAUUACGACGGUGCCCGGUGUCUAGCGCUGCUGAAGGAAGCGGAACGGUCGGAGCUGGAAAGCUUCGAUUCGCUGGUGGAGGACGGCCUAAUGCAACCGAGCAGUGUUGCCAACCUGUUGCCGGGUUAUGCGGAAAACAUCACGUACGGUGGUAGCGUUACGCGCGAAUCCUCACCACCGGUGUCGGACGAUGGGAGUGACGUUGACUCGUUACACUCCUUUCACUAUUCACCGAAGGGUGUUGAUCUACCAUCGGCAGAGCGGCUUGCCAAGCGGCUUUACUAUCUUGAGGGCUUCAAGAAGAGUGAUGUGUCGCGGCAGCUUUGCAAAAACAACGAUUUCAGCCGGGCGGUCGCCGAGGAGUACUUGAAGUUCUUUUUCUUCGAGUGUCUGUCACUGGACAAAGCACUGCGAAUGUUUUUGAAGCAGUUUUCGUUAACCGGUGAAACGCAGGAACGCGAACGUGUGCUGGUACAUUUCUCCAAGCGAUACCUGGAUUGCAAUCCGCGUUCAUUCAAUUCACAAGAUGCUGUGCAUACACUAACGUGUGCUAUAAUGCUACUAAAUACGGACCUUCACGGGCAGAAUAUAGGGUCAAAAAUGACUUGCGCAGAGUUUAUCGAUAAUCUGAGUGACCUGAACGAUGGUGAAAACUUUCCCAAGGGUGUGCUAAAACAAUUGUAUUAUUCCAUCAAGGACAAGCAACUCGAAUGGGCACUGGAUGAUGAUACGGAUCCUAAAACGGGUAACCGUAACACCGACGGUAACGGCAAUGGUGGGAACGGUAAUGGACUCGGCGGUGGUACCGGCGGGUUAAACGGUAGCUCCGGUGAUGGUGGAUCAACGGGUGGCAGCCUGCAGGGUCCACCGGUUGGGCCGAAUCCGUUCCUCGAGGCGCCAGCAAUGUUUGCUGCGGUUGAGUACAAAAAGGGUUACGUCAUGCGGAAGUGUUGCUACGAUACCAACUACAAGAAGACUUGCUGCGGCUUUGCUUGCACCAUUUCAGCCCCAUUCGGACGGCGCUCGUGGAAGAUGUUCUUCUGCACGUUGCGCGAUCUGGUGCUGUACCUGCACAAGGACGAGCACGGCUUCCGGAAGAACCAGAUGUCGGACAAUGUGCACAACGCGAUCCGCAUCCACCAUGCGCUGGCCACGCGUGCCAGCGACUACACGAAGAAGCAGCACGUAUUCCGGCUGCAAACGGCCGACCAGUCAGAGUUUCUGUUUCAGACGAGCGACUCAAAGGAGCUGCAGUCGUGGAUCGACACGAUCAACUUCGUGUGUGCAUCCUUUUCUGCACCACCGCUGGAAGGUGGGGUCGGUAGUCAAAAGAGAUUUCAACGACCGUUGCUACCUUGCACUCACAGCCGUCUGUUGAUGCGCGAUCAGUUAGCGUCACACGAACGCCAGGUGAAUAAAAUUUUAAGCCUGCUCGAAGAGCACAAGGUAUCGACCGCACCACCGAAAGGUUUGGCGCUGCAGAACUACAAGGAAAAGGAAGUAUACCUCCAGUACGAGCUUAAGCGGUAUAAAACGUACUACAAUCUGCUCAGCUCCCGCUUGACAAUGGAGCCACAGGAUUUCAACAACCAGCAUCAGGUCAGUGCAGCCGCACUGAACGAUACGGGCGAACGGCGUGACGAUUCCUGCAGCACGAUGUUACCGCUCGGCAGUUACGGUGAUUACGGUGCCAACAGUCAUCCGGCACCGGUACAGCAACGGUCCCAAAAUCCCGGUAGCCUUAUGCCCAACUUUAUCCAGCAGCACCAAGGUGGCAAUGUGGCGGUUAAUGCAACCGGACGGUCAGGACUUUCACCACCCGACACAACGGUCGGUGGGCAAAGUAAUGUAACGCAGCAGCCUACCAACAUCCUAUAAUGGUAGCCUCACUGUCACACAUUCGGUACCGGCCGGAUCGGACCAUCGUGCCCCCACCAUCGGACCAUUUAUGGCCGGAUCGCUGGACCAGUCCGGCGCAUCACAGCACGGGAUUUAGCAUUAUUCAUAUCCGGUACAAAACGGGACACACGCGAACACGGAAGGAUUCGCUAACAAAAAAAAGUAUGUAAUAGGACGCGGUCAGACAAAUCCGAUAGAAGUAUUUCGCAUUAGUAUUUUUCGUCUCGCGGAUGCUUGUUUUGCAUUCCAACAUUUUUUUGGGGGGGAGGGGACAGUCGCUAUCAUUCGCUCCCCCGGCUAAGAAAAAACAAAAACAGUUCAUUAAGGUAAUCGCAUUUAUGAAACUUAUACCCGCUACGCAACGUUUGCUACCAUUUCAAAAAGCAUAGAGACAAACCAACACAAAAGGUAAUCAUUCAACGUCACUGGGACCGCUUGAUGAUUGGCAUUUAUAAACUUUUACCACGUUUCUGGCUUCCUGGUUGUUGCAUUUCUAUAUUUCGAAGGGUCCAAAAAUGGCCCCAUUUUCUUCUUGUUGAUACUAACAAGCAAGCUGAGAAGGUAUCUCUUGGAUCGCUUAUUCUUCCACACAUGAUUCGAUGCAUUUAACGUUUAAAAAACAAUAAUCAGGUUUAGCCUUGUUACGUUCGCAAGCUAAUGAAACUUUUCAUUAAUAAUUUGUUUACCUCUCUAAUGCUUCAGGGAUAGGCCAUCAUCAGCUAGCGUUGUUUAAAUCAAGCGUCUUGCACGCUGGAUGCAACCACAUGGUGGUGUGAAAUAAUGGGUCAUACAUGUAGCAAAAGUAAAAAAAACAAAAAAACGCCCUACAAUGAAGCCAAAACAUAAUAAUCCUAAAUAUGCAAAGGGGGGGGGCUUACCAAACAGAAAGGAUACGGUUGCAAUGAUGAAGACCAGUCAGUCAAUAACAGUAUACAGAUAGGCAAACAAAAAACGUGAUUUGGUGCUGCAACGUAUAUCGGCAUCGACACCACAGACACAAAACGAUACAAGCAUUACAGCUUCCUCUCUCUCUCUCUCUCUUUGCCGGUGUCGGACGUCGAAACGGCGUGCCAAAAUUUUUACAUUAAAAGAGCAACAACAAAAAAUGGUCCAUGGUUUGGCAUGGUUGUUUGCUCAUCGGAAUGUACAGCCAAAUAGUGGGUAGAACCGUGGAAGGAGAAAACAUUCUAUUACACACCAGGCACACAUUCGGGGCAAGCCCCAGCGAGCGCGGAGUGGAAAUGGUUACACGUUUCAUGGAUAGGAACGCCCGGUACGCGGACUAGAAACAAGCAAAUUGAAUGGUACACUUUUACGCUAUUAACGACGUACACAGGCAAGCAAAGCAAAAGUCAAGACAGCCGUUAAUGUGGUCAAGUUUACCUGUACAUUUAUGCUAUGAAUUAUAAAGUGCACGAUAUAUAUAUAUAUAUUCGGAUAUAUAUAUAAUAUAUAUGCAUUAUUAGGAUUAGGAGCAGAUUAGUGCAGUUUCUUUUCUAUUAGUGUUUUUUUUUAUACAUACACAAACCACUCUCUCUCUCUCCAUCUCGCAUACUCCGUUUCCGUAUACUUCAAAAUGUACUGUAUAGAGGAGUGCGUUUUUUUUUGUUCAUCACAUUGUGCAGAAUUGUGUUAGCGAUUGCGUCAAUAUAAUAUUUUUUUUUCAUACCCUUUAUUAAAAUAAAAACGAAUGAAGGAUACAUCAGGCGCGCAGAAACGGUUAGAGGGAAGGAAAAUUAUUAAUUUAGCACAGCGUGUUUUCUUUUUUUUUGUUCAAAAAAAAUGUCUGGGUAUAGGAGUUUAAGGGAAAAGCGUUACUAUCUUUGAACCACCUCCCCGUUUGAUUUAAUGUUGAUCUUAACGGAAGGUAACGCACGACUUAACAAUAAUUCCGUUUCUGAGGAUAGUUAGUAGGGUAAUGUACGCGAUUAUGGCAAGAUCAGGUCGAUCUACUGGUGCAGUCAAAACUUUUGACAUUAGAAAAAAAAAGCUGUUGAAACCUACUUAGCGAAGCGUAAAGGGAAACGAAAUGAUAGAUUUGACAGGAACACGGUUGUUUGUUCGCAAUUAUAGUAACAUUAUUUGCAGUAUUGCAGGUUUUUCGUUUGUUUGUUUGUUGUUUUCAUCCCUCGUUCUGCGUUUAUAAACACACACACACACAAACUCUCUUUUUCUCGCGAUAUAUUUGCUAUAUUAUUUAUAUUGGAACCUAGUUCAUGCAUACAUUAACUGAUGCGAAAACGAAAGGCUGAUUUGAGAACGUGAAGACAGACAGUAUGGCGACCCGCGGUUGCGAAUAUGCGUUACCGGGGCCGCGGGGUGUAUUAAGCGUGAAGAUAGUAAUGCAGCAAAAUGGAAAACAAAAGUUGCUAGCUUAUGUGUUUUGUGCUAUUUGUUUUUUCUUACGAAAACAAAAAAAAACAAUUGCGUACCAUUUUCCCGUGUGCUUUAUUUCAUCACAGUGCGUGAUUUAUGGUCUUGGCUAUAUUCCUUUCAAGGGUUGUGGAAUUGCUUAUUGCCUGGUAUGGGUGCAACAGAAAUGCAAAAAGUGUGUAGUAAGAUACGGGACAGUAGUGAAAAAGGGUAGCGAAAACUGUCGCUAUUUAUAUAUAUACCUAUUAGGAUAGUAGCGUGCCUGAGUUAACAUUUUUUUUUUAUAUAAUUUGUUUCGUAAAGGAGACUUUGUCGCCCAAGGAUCGAUCGAUUUCGUGUUAUAUUCCUAUAAAAUAUUAUAUAUAUUAUAUACAACACAAAACCACAAAUGGACUAUUUGCUCGGUACUAGCAAACCUCCCCCUUCCCUCCUUUUCCCCCGUUCCAAAGCAUCCCCCCUCCCACCCCGUUCGUCCAACCAACCCUUAUUCGCGGCGCCGAACGAAUGAUUUGUAAAAUCACUGGCAAACACACGUUGUCAACAAUUAUAAUCACUGUUGAAGGUUCAUUUCACUAGCGAGUAAGCGAAGAAUAUAAUUUAUAUCUAUAAAGAAUAUAAUUUAUAUCUAAACAAAUCUGAAAACCACUUUUUUGCACCUAUUUACUUUACUUUUUUUUCUCUCCCCCUCUUCCCACGAUUUAUAUAGUGUUAGUACGUUGUUAUUUUCCGAUGAAAGUGUGACGAUAGGAAUAUAAUUUUCUAUUUUCCAUUACAUUCCAGACGCAUUAAUGCCAUUCCGUAACGUUAAGCGUCAACAUCCGAACGUUCCCUUGUGAGAAGUAUUGUAGUUCUAUCGUUUCUUUUAGUAUGUUACAGAUGAUUUUUUUCUUCUUCUAUAAACCUUAUCCCUUUAGUAUAAAGUGAUAGUAAAUGAAACAUUUCGGAGCAGGUUUAUGUGUUUUUGUACAUGUAUUUAUUUUUUUAUUGCUUUUAUCGCAACGCAACAUUGCGGGAUUCGUACUUUAAUCAGUGUACAAUCUGAACCAUAACCUCAUAGGACUAGAACGGGCCCGAAACACUUUCUAAGGAUAUGCUUUGUUAUCCUGUUUUUUUAUAACACUUUUGUACCAUCCGCCGUGUCAGAUAUGGAAAACGAUUCUUUCUUCCGAAAAAGUCAUUUGCAAUUUUUUGUGUUUUUUUGUUUAUCGAUUCAUAGUUUUUAACCCUUUCAACGUAAUUAAACGUAUAUAGCGCAAAAUAACGCUUUUUUUGUUUGCUAUAAAAUUGUAACAAUAAUAUAAAAAAAGGAAAGUGCACAACGAUCAAUUACUGGUACAGCAAAAAAAAUGGGAAAAAAUAAAUCGAAAAACGCACAUGUAAAACAAAGCUUUACAAUAAAAUAAAAUAAACUUCCCAUUGGUGAAAACAAUUCGAUAAAAUUAUGCUGCUAAGGAUAAGACAAUUUGUCCCAUUUGAAGAGGUUAGAAAAGCGAACAAAAACACACACUUUCACAGAGACUUGCGUGCACUAGUACGGUAGAAUCCCGGUUGCCAAAUCAAUCAGUAGUGGAAGU